CGGUUGACCCGGAGGGAAGUGAAGAGGUGUGUAGUAGGCGGUGGCAUUCUCAAGAUGGCUGCCCCCGCUGUGUUGCCGUUAGCCGAGAAGCCGAACCACAAGAAGUACCGAGCUGCUCUGAAGAAAGAGAAACGUCGCAGGCGGCGGCAGGAACGGGCUCGGUUGAGAGACUCGGGACUGUCACAGAAAGAUGAAGAAGAAGAAGAAUCUAUUGUUGAACUGGAAGAAGAGGAAAAACAGUUAGAAGCUGAAAGGCAAAAGUUGCAUGAGGAGUGGUUGCUGAGGGAACAGAAGGCUCAAGAAGAAUUUAAACUUAAGAAGGAAAAGGAAGAGGCAGCAAAAAGGCGUCAAGAAGAAGAAGAGAGAAAGAUCAAAGAAGAAUGGGAAGAACAGCAAAGGAAAGAGAAACAGGAAGAAGAACAGAGACAGCAGGAGAAGAGAGACAGAGAGGAAGCUGUGCAGAAGAUGCUGGAUCAAGCUGAAAGUCAGCUGGAAAAUGGUGUCACAUGGCAUAAUCCAGAACCACCAGUGGAUUUAAGAGCAACAGAGAAAGAUCAAGCUAAUUGUCCAUUCUACAUUAAAACAGGAUCUUGCCGAUUUGGAGAUAGGUGUUCACGUAAGCACAAUUACCCAACAUCCAGUCAAACUCUCCUUAUUAGAAGUAUGUUUAUAACAUUUGGAAUGGAACAGUGCAGAAGAGAUGACUACGAUACUGAUGCAAGUCUGGAGUACAGUGAGGAGGAAACCUAUCAACAAUUUUUAGAUUUCUAUGAAGAUGUACUCCCAGAAUUCAAGAAUGUGGGGAAAGUUAUUCAGUUCAAGGUCAGCUGUAACUUUGAACCUCAUCUUAGAGGAAAUGUAUAUGUGCAGUAUCAGUCGGAGGAAGAAUGUCAAGCAGCAUUCUCUCUAUUCAAUGGACGGUGGUAUGCAGGACGACAGCUUCAGUGUGAAUUCUCACCAGUAACGCGGUGGAAAAUGGCUAUUUGUGGUUUAUUUGGAAGACAAAAGUGUCCAAGGGGAAAGCACUGUAAUUUUCUUCAUGUAUUCAGAAAUCCCAAUAAUGAAUUUUGGGAAGCUAAUAGAGACAUACACAUGUCUCCAGAUUGGGCUAAUACAUCAUUUGGUAAAAGCUCAGAAAGGAGAGAUAGGACAAGUUAUCAUGAAGAAUAUUACAGCAGAUCAAGAAGGCGGCGAAGUCCCAGUCCAGAUCAUUCUUAUAAAAGAAAUGGGGAAUCUGAGAGGAAGAAAAGUAAUCAUCACAGGAGUAAGAAAAAGUCCCAUAAACAUUCCUCCAAAAGUCACGAAAGGCGACGUUCACGAAGUAGAGGAAGAAAGAGAGAUCGGAGCCGAAGAAGCCGGAGCCAGAGUAGAAGCCGAAGAAGCCAAAGCAAAAGUGCAUCCAGGUCUAGGAGUCGGGACAGGAAGAGAUCAACCAGCAGAGAUCGAAAUACUUAAAUCACAAAAAUACAUUUUUUUCAUACUGAGACGUGUUGAUCUCAAAAAUGUAUCUUUUAGGGCUGGUGGUUACUUUUCUCAAUUUUAAUGAACUUUUCAAAUCCUAUAUUGUCCUGUAUUAUAAAUGCGAUUAAUUCAAAAGGUGGUUUUUGUACCAAUUAAAGGUAUUUAGAACUGUUUGGGCUUUUAAGAGUCCAAUCCAACACUCCUGGAACUUUGAAAAUAAAGUCUCCCUCUCCCCAACUUGAGAGCUAGCUGUGUUCCCCCAUGGUGGAUGCCUGGCUGUUUUGGGUAGACUGAAUCACUUUCACUAAAUGUUCACAGCAGCACCAGUAAAGCAAAUGUCAUAGGUUGGAUGGGAAAAGGAUAAUAAAAGUUGAGAAAGGGAAACACAAAUUUUGUUUUUGCCUUAACACUGUAGCAUGCACAAGCUUUAAAUGGAAAUGCUGCUCCUAAUUUUCUUAUUAGGAAAAAGCUUUUCCCUUGCAAAAUACGCAGCUUUAUUCCUAUUAUUAAUAACUUUCAAGGUGGAAGGUAGCUAGGAAAUUUGACUAGAACAAGACUUAUAAAAUGUUUUAUAAGAAACAAAGUAGAGGAAAUGGAGAAGUGGGUUACUUUGUUUUAAAAGUUGAGUGUGAUUUCUAAGAAUAAUACAAAGUAUGGGAUGGAAAAGUUUUUAACUUACCUUCUAUGAAAGGAAUCUAAAUGGUGGACCAUGUUGCUUAUUUUAGAAAUCUUGGUCUUCCGGCAAUCUUCCAAAACAGGUUUGUUGACCCUGAAAAUGCUCUUGUUUUUGCCAUAAAACUAUUUUGUAAUUGACUUUCAAUGAUGAAUAUUGUUGUAUGCAUAUGACCAUUGUCCCCCGAAUAAGUGUACAUACAAAAUUAAAUAAUGUGAAACUUGUAAUUUUGUCUUAACAUUCCAAUUUUAAAAAGUCAUUUGAUUUGGAAGUGUUAACAAAUGGCUUUGGUGAUAUUAAUCUAAUAGUAUGAAAUAUUAAUGGAUAUUUUGUUUCUCCCCUUCAGGAACAAACGAAGUUAUGCUUUAAAAAAUUUUUGUUAUUUGAACUGGUUAUUCAAAAUCUUUUACAGAUUUUUUUUUCUUUAGCUUGUGAUAUCAUUUGUCUUUUCCUUGAUUAAAAUUUCUUCAAGGAAGGUCUGAGUCUUGCCUGAGGUGCCAACCAAGACUGAUGAGUUUGAUAAUAGCUUUGCUUUUCAGACAUUCUAGCCCACUUAUUGAUUGGACAGAAUAGAAAUGUCGCUUGUUUCCCACUUCAUGGAUCUGUGAUUUCUAUUGAUACAAUCUGUAAAUCCUUUUACGUUUUGAGUAGAUUUUCUUCAUAAGCCUGGCCUCCCUUGGAGAAGGCAAGGUGCUCACCAAGGAUCAUCAGUGUCUCUCCAGUGUAGUAGAAACCCUUGGAAUGUGUGUUCCACAUGUAGGGAUUGUGGUAUUUUUCCAACAUGGUAAAACUGCCCAUUUAAAGUGAAGAUUAACCAAAACUACAACUGUUGGUGGUUUGACUCCAUCUAAGUGAGGACGUAAAUGAAUCUCUGGUUACCAUUUCUAGAAGUAGCUAGGAGGGCUUUCUUUAAUACAGUAGAAGAAAUGAACAAAAAGCUGUUGCAAGUCAGUGAUAUCUGAAAAGCAUCACAAAAACUAAUUAUCCCUAAUAGUUAUUUAAGUCACAAACCCUUGGUUUUAUUUUUAUUUGAUUAGAAUAAAUGCUGGUGUAAAGAUGUUCUUCAGAAAGACUACAGAAUAGUGUACAUAAGUUUAAAUGUUGCUAUUUAUUGUUUUGUAAGAUAAAUGUAUAAUUCAAAGACUGUUGUAGUGGCAUUCUUAUUUUUAAUAAAUUUAAAGUGUUUUGUGUGAAAACUUCA